CAUCUGCAUAUUGUGUUACGUAUUUUACGAAUCAGACCUAAAAUUUAUCAAAAUUUGUUACAAUAUAGGUCACGAGCCUGCUGUAACUGCCGGAUAAUGACUGAGGUCUACAUUUGCUAAAAGAUAAAGCAAGGAAUUGAAGAAAUAGGGAAAGUAAGAAAUUCAUACUAAAUUGUUUGAACUUUCGAUUUGAAAAAAUACUAGCUUUGAAGUCCAUCUAUUCAUAACAGCAAAUAGUAAAUGCAACGCAAUGAUAAUUUCGCAAAAAUCAGGCCUCUUUGGAUUAAUACCAGCUGUUGUGGUUAUCAUAUUUAUAGCAGUGGCUGUUGGUGUGAACAAAUGGCAGUAUACGAAUGGACUUGUCUCAAAGUACAUAGAUUUCGAAGGGCAUGCUGGUCUAUGGAAAUUCUGUAAUGAAACAACUCUGAUUUAUUCAAAGCAGUCGGGAAUGAACACACUAAAUGUGAAGGAAACACUUACCUCCCAGUGUUAUGAUAUUACUGAUAUUUGCUCACAAAGAAUGACCAAGUUCCUUAACACAGUGAGGUAUGCCUUGUUUGCCAGCUUGGCGUCCAUGGUUCUAGCAAUUCUUGGAACACUUGUGAAGAAUUUCGUAUUAAAGGAAUGGCAGCACGAGAAACAACAGAUGGCUUUGGGUUUAGUAACCGCUAUGUUAGCUUUUCUAGCAGGUGUUCUAGUGGUUGUAGGGUUUGGUGUAUAUAACGUAGAGGUGAGGAUGGAGGGCUAUUACCUACAGGCAGCAUUCUAUCUCACUGUGGCUGCGUGGCUGUUGUCGUGGAUUACAGCAGCCAUGUUUCUUGUUGGUGGUAUUUGUAUCGGAGCAAAAAUGUACCCAGAUUUGAAAUGAUUUCAUUGUUAUUGGCAGUUCUGUAAUGAGUAAAUCUAUAAGAACAGAAAGAUAAAAGACUCUGCAAAUGAUCAAAACCCAAACAGUUAAAUCAAAUGAAAUACACAAGUUUCUAGGGGCCUAUAUGCAUACCAGGAAUUUACCCUACAAAAAAAACGUACUAGUUAAAACGCAGUAACUGCAAUUAUUUGUGAACAGUAUUUCCUAAUGAUAGUCUGCUAGACAAAAACAUGAAAUAUACACAAUAUGUAUGUGCAUUCUCAGCUGCACAUCUUUCUCUAACACUGUCCUUUUAAACAUAACAGCAUCUCAAGCAGCAGAAGGUCCCGAGUUAUCACUUAGUGAUUAUAUCCCCUUCAAUACUGCUUUGAAA